AAUGAACAUAAGCCCCAUGGGUGCACCGUUUGCGAAAAGUCUUUUGCUCGCAAGCAUGAUCUUGGUCGCCACAUGCGGAUCCAUACGGGUGACAAACCUUAUAUGUGUUUGUGCUGCAAAAAAGCGUUUGCCCGCACUGAUGCGCUGAGUCGACAC